UGUUUAAUUAUUCAUAACUACCAAGUAACCCAAAAAAUCUACUUCCAUGCCUAGACUUCUUCAGUUCUUCACUAUCUCCAUUCUUCUUUUUCUCGUAGUUUUUUUGGCCAUUGGAGAAGAUAAUGAAUACGUGUUCGAAAAAUCUAUAAAUAGAAAGUCCAACAGUCUAAAAAGAGAAAAACUCAGUCAUUUCAGAUUCUAUUGGCAUGACAUCUUAAGUGGCUCGAAACCAACCUCUAUUAUGAUCGUACCACCACCCACAACCACCAUCCUUACAGGCUUCGGCCUAAUAAACAUGAUGGAUAAUGCCCUAACCCUAGGACCAAAAUUGAGUUCCAAAAUUGUUGGAAGAGCACAAGGGUUGUAUGGUUCAGCUUCACAAAGUGAAUUAAGUAUAUUAAUGGUCAUGAAUUUUGUGUUUAUUGAAGGGAAAUAUAAUGGUAGCACGUUAGCCGUGCUCGGCCGGAACUCGGCGUUCGAGACGGUGAGAGAGAUGCCGGUGAUUGGUGGCAGUGGGCUUUUCCGAUUUGCUAGAGGAUAUGUUCAGGCAAGGACUAAGUCAGUGGAUUUGAAAACUAAGGAUGCUACAGUUCAGUAUGAUGCUUAUGUAUUACACUAUUAAGCUUGAAUUAUAUUUAUAUUUUUAUCUUAUGUUAAGUUUAUUUAAUUAAGUUGUAUAAUUUUCUUAUGUUGGCUGCCAAUUAACAUUAAAUAAUUAUGUCGCGACCACAUAAUCUUU